AAUUCCAUUAUAUCGAGGGUCUGUUAGAUGUGAAACUUCCAUUUAAUGAACUAUAAGAGAUGUGAAAGUGCUUGAACUCUCCCCCCAUCUGACGGAUUUUACGGAGAGAGAAGUCCGUUACAUGGGGACUUCACAGUAGUAUUAGAGGAUUCUUCCACGAGUCAAUCACACCCCUAAGAUAAACUCGGCUUAUGAUGGAUAAAUGGAUUAGGAAGAUUGGAGGCACUCGGAGGGGAGGGGAGGACUGACAACUGUUCUGGAUACCAUUCAUUUUUAUGUGCCGGUCAUGUCUAGCUUGCAAUGGAUGAUGAUGGCCAGAAACAGAGACUGCUUGACGUAAUAGGAGAUCCCCAUUUACUUGAAACUUUCCUAGAAAAUUUUCCCAGCUCGAGUUUUCCCACUGAUGGUGGUCUCCUCUGGCAGGGCUUAGACUCUCCUCGCUUCGACAAUGUGACCUCCUCCACGGAUUCCGGACUGGUUAGCAGUUGCCUGGACAACCAUGUCUUCGAUGGCCAGUUCCUCGGUCAAGUACGAGGGGGCAGUCAUCCCCUCAACCACCCACAGGUGCCCACACAUGUGCUGCAGCAGGUCCUACCCUCACCCACACUCCCCACUGGUCCUCAGGGGGCACCACACCACCAGCAUCACCAGCCACAUCAACAGCAGCAAGAGCAGCAGCAACCACAGCAGCAACAACAACAGCAACAGCAACAGCAACAACAACUACAACAGCAGCAGCAACAGCAGCAG